AUGGCGUUGCGGCUGAUCGAAGAAUCGUCUUUGACACCCCAAACACUGCCGCGUUUGGUCGAACACAACCCGCUAGUUGCGCAUGAGUGCUUGCUGCGUAUCUUGUCUACCGCGCCGGAACACGACAAAAAUGAAUACCUUAGUUGUCUGGUUUCUAUGGACAUGAGUUUGCAUUCCAUGGAAGUCGUCAAUCGUCUGGCAACACGUCGUGAAGCUCUGUUGCAUCCGGAAUACGUCCAACUCUUCAUCUCGUCUUGCAUCGCCAGCUGCGAAAACAUGAUAGACCGACACGCGCAGAAUCGGCUGGUACGAUUAGUCUGCGUCUUUAUUCAAAGCUUAUUACGGAACAAAAUCGUGCAGGUGGACGACAUCUUUUUUGAAGUACAGGCUUUCUGUGUUGAAUUUUCCCGCAUUCGGGAAGCGGCUGCCCUUUUUAAGUCUUUGAAAGAGUCUGCAACUGCCACCGGUAACUCGCGGUAG